CUCCCGCCAUCCCGGCCAAGCCCCGGCUCCGGCGGGAUCCGGCACGGCGAGCAUCACCCGAGCCGCAGCGGGAGCAGAGGCCAGGAGACCCGCGGGCCAUGGCAGGAAAAGCCCACAGGCUGAGCACAGAGGAGAGGGAGCAGCUGCUGCCAAACCUGCGAGCUGUGGGAUGGAACGAGGUGGAAGGCAGAGAUGCCAUCUUCAAGGAGUUCCACUUCAAGGACUUCAACCGGGCCUUUGGCUUCAUGACCAGAGUGGCUCUACAGGCAGAAAAACUGGAUCACCAUCCCGAAUGGUUCAAUGUGUACAAUAAGGUUCACAUCACCUUGAGCACCCACGACUGCGGGGGUUUAUCGGAGCGAGACAUCAACCUGGCCAGCUUCAUCGAGCAGGUGGCAGCUUCCCUCUCCUGACCAGGGAUACGUGCAGCCAAAAAUCCACUGUGCCACUGUGUCCUGCCUUGAUGGCUGCACCGAGAGCCUUCUCCCACUGCCAAGCUCCAUCAUGGAUCCAGACUGCCCUACACCUCCCCAGUGCUGCUCAGAUGGAUGGACGCACUUCUCAGGGUGCACGUAUCCAUCUCUGAUCUUGCAAAUUCUGUCCUUAAACCCUUCCUCAGUCAUCUGAUCCUACACCCCUAGCUGCUUAGCCUUUUACCAGGAGUCAGUCAUAUCACAGAGUCACGGACUGGUUUGUGUUGGAGGAGACCUUAAAGAUAUCUCAGUGCACCCCCUACCACAGGCAGGGACAGCUUUCACAAGACCAGUCCCACCCAACCUGGCCUGGAACACUUCCAGGGAAGGGGCAGCCACAGCUUCUCUGGGCAUCCUGUGCCAGGACUCACCAACCUCACAGGGGAAGAAUWUCUUUCUAGUACCCCAUYUAAACCUACUCUCUGUGUGAAUCCAUUCCCCCUUGUCCUAUCACUACAYGCUCUCARUAAGUCCUUCUCCAUGUUUCYUGUCAGUUCUUUCAGGUACUGGAAGGCUGCAKUUAGGUCACCCCAAAGUUYCUCUUCUCCAGGCUGAACAAUCCCAAUGUUCUCAGCCUUUCSUCAUAGCAGAAGUGCUCCAUCCCUCUCUGAUCCUCUUGGUGCCUCCUCUGGACUUGCUCCAACAGGUCGAUAUCCUUGCAGAGUCAUGUUACACCAUUGCACCAGUAAAUCUGUCCAGAGCCUGCCCCAAUCCAGCCCCUAUAUUGUUGUUUCUUACCUCCUGGAAUGUGCUUUCUGCCUAAAACAUGUUUUGUGAACACUUUGGCUUCUCUGUAACCAAYCAAGCGUGCUGUGCAAUUUGUCAUUGCUGUAAUUAAUCCCUCUCUAGCAGUAUUACAUCAGGUACGUGGUCUCACCUUGACUGGAACCAGCCUUAAGUAGGAUACCAACUGAAAAUGUUUACAAUAAACAUCUUGUUUAACCUGA